AUAGAAUUUAGUACCUUUUCACUAAAACCCAAAAUUCGAAAACCCUAAUAAUCAACCAAUAACUUCAACUGCUGUACAGCAACUGUGUCCAGGAAGGAAUGGAUGUUGUGGCGUCUCCAUGGGACUUCAACUGCAACUUGGAAGUAGAUCUUGGGUCUGAAGAAAAUGCUCAUAUUGUCUAUACUGCAUUGGCUGUUGAUAAGGAGUUGCAGCCUGAUAAAGUGAAGAGGCAUAUGUCUGUAUCUAACGGGAAGCUUUCAGUGAAUUUUGAGGCUGUUGAAGCAAGAUUUCUUCGUGCAUCAUUUAGUGCAUUUGUAGAUGUACUCACACUCACAACAAAAACCAUUGAAGAAUUUGGUCCAAAGAAGGAAUAGAGACCUCUAUUGAAUAUUUUUGGACAUUGUUCAUUUAUUGAUGUGCCAUAUACAGGAAGCCAUUUCCUGUUUGUAAUUGACAGAGGUAUUCAUUGCCAGCUGAUAAUUUAACUUCAGAUUAUA